GACGCAGUAAGAUUUUUUUUAAAAAUAGUCUCGUUCUUAGUAAUGGCGGCUCCGCAAAUUUCUCGAUCGGGAAAGAAGAAUAAAUGGUACUUUACCCGGGAGCAGAUCGAAAACAGUCCGUCGCGGAGAGCGGGACUUGAUCCUGAUAAAGAGUUAUCAUACAGACAACAGGCUGCUAAUCUUCUGCAGGAUAUGGGACAGCGCCUCAAUGUAUCCCAGCUGACCAUCAACACCGCCAUCGCGUAUAUGCAUCGCUUCUACAUGAUCCAGUCUUUCACCCGCUUCCAUCGAAAUGUAAUUGCCCCUGCUGCCCUUUUCCUAGCAGCGAAGGUUGAAGAGCAGCCACGUAAGCUGGAGCAUGUGAUUAAGGUUGCCCAUGCCUGUUUAAAUCCUCAGGAGACUCCUCUUGACUCGAGGAGUGAUACUUACCUGCAACAAUCCCAAGACCUGGUCAUGCUUGAGAGCAUUAUACUCCAGACCCUCGCUUUUGACAUCACCAUCGACCAUCCUCACACGCAUGUCGUCAAGUGUACACAGCUCGUACGAGGUAAGUGCCAUAUCGUUUUUUUUUUUUUAAAUUAUUAUAUGAAUGCUGGAAUGCUGUCUGGCAUGAGUGGCCUAUUUCAUUUGGGGAUGUCCUUGCAUGUUUUGUUUGUUCCAGCGAGUAAGGAUCUGGCCCAGACGUCAUAUUUUAUGGCAACAAACAGCCUGCACCUGACCACGUUCUGCCUGCAGUACAGUCCACCCGUGGUUGCGUGUGUGUGCAUUCAUUUGGCCUGCAAGUGGUCUAACUGGGAAAUCCCUGUCUCUACUGAUGGUAAACACUGGUGGGAGUACGUCGACCGAAAAGUCACCCUCGAGCUGCUGGAUGAGCUCACACACGAGUUCCUGCAGAUCUUGGAGAAAACCCCGAGCCGUUUAAAACGCAUUCGAAACUGGAAAGCAUCGGGUCAAACAACGAAGAAGCCGAAAGAGGGCGACAAGACGGAGACCAUGAUGAACAUGAUCUCCAUGGCGUCCUCUGAGAGCACACUAGCCGGCCUAAUGAGUCUCUCGGCCCCUUUAACCUCCUCGCCCGAGUCUCCCACAUCACCUGUAGAGGACAAGCAGCCUGUUUUUAAAGUGCCUAACCCACCAGAACCACCUGCUCCCACACGAGUAUCCCUAAGUGAGUAUCGUGCGAAGCACGCAGAUGAGCUUGCUGCACAGAAAAAGAAGCUGGAAAACAUGGAGGCCUCCGUAAAGCGCGAGUACGCCACAGCCGCCCAGGCCCUCAUGAACCAGCAAAGAAAGGAGAAGCACCACCAUAACCAUCACCAGCAGCAAGCUGGCUCGAGUUCCUCCGAGCCCAUCGUCCUGAAGAUCCCGCUCGAAGAGAGGCAGGAUCGCAGCUCUAUUAAAAUGCGUCUGCCAAACAGCAGCCGAGGAUCCGAGCAGGACCUAAAAUUAAAGCUUCGUAUUCCUGAGAGACGAUCCGCUCCAGGGGAUGACGGAAAGAACAAAGAGAAGCACAGAGAGCGGUCUAACCAUCACCACCACCACAAUCAUCACCAUCACCACUCCUCAGGAAGCGGCUCAUCAUCGUCUUCAUCGGCACACAAACACUCCAGUUCUGCGAGUGCUUCCACAAGUAGCAAAAAAGCAGACCCAACAAGGACAAGCUCAUCCUCCUCUUCGUCAUCCCGAAAGCGAAAUCACUCGUCUGAGCCCUCGUCUAGCGCUCACCCUACUAAAGUCAGCAAGUCAUCCAGGAAUUCGUACCAGCUGCCCCCACUAGCUGUCGAUGUCCUGCCUUCUCUCGCGCUUUCACACAAUCAGGGAAGCUUUGCACACUCCAAAGCGGACAAGGCUGACACCAACGGGCAUGGUGCCAGCUCAGGUGGUCAAUCUAACGAGUUCCAGGACACAUUUGACAUGCUGAACUCGUUGCUGAGCGCCCAGGGGGUGCAGCCCGCACAACCCCAAAUGUUUAACUAUCACUCCCAGUACGGUGACUACAGAUAUGGCGCAAGCUCAAGAGGAGGAAACCCGCAACCUCCACCUCUUCCCUCGGAACCCCCUCCACGGCUUCCACCACUGCCUGAAUAAACACCACGCUCCGUCCCAAGCUUCCCAGAUUUCAUUUCUACCACGUGCAUUAAGAUUUAUGAAAAAAUUUAAGUACCACUAUAUAUAUAUAUAUAUAUAUAUAUAUAUAUAUGCACAUUCUGCUUCAGCCUGCCUAAUGCACCCCAGUCAUCUCUGGUGUUCUUGUGCAUGGGUGGGUCCACGGCACCCGAAUGUGUGGCAAUAAUUGCUAUAACUAUAAAAUAUAAACUAUUAAAACUAAGCAAAAAAAUAUAAAAGCAAAAUGUUAUUUAUUUAAAAAAUGUACAUACUAUUUUUGUCACUCAGUUUUAUAUAUGCAUUACGUCUAAAUGGUGAAGAAAUAGGAAUUGUGUAAUUAAGCGGGGGGACCUUUCGGUUUUGGUGGUCAUCCUUUUUUGAGUAACUGUUGAUGAGAAAAAUUUAAUUCGUUUUUAACAUAUGUUUUUUUUUAAAUAACAAUUAGUGUCUUUUUUUAAACUACAAUAUUUAUUGAUAGACUUUUAAAAUGUAACUAGGGGUCGGUUUGGAGAUCUUUGCUUUCUAUUUGGAUUGAUUUUUGGAUUUUCUUUUUCGCCCUGUUUGUCAUGUUGUCAUUUUGUGCAAGUUGAAGAAUAGAAAUUUCUCAGCCCGCAUGAAGAUGCGUGAAUCUUUAAAAAAAAAUCUGGUUAGUCUUUUUAUUUGUUCAAUGUAGUGUUCAUGACACAUAAAGUGGACAUGAAGCAUUUGAACCAUAAAAAAAAAAUCUUGUUUGUAUUUUUUAAAGAAUUUAUGGGCCCUUGGUGGAAGCAGUCAUUGUUUUAAAUGGUUGUAAAUUGUGGUCGAAAUUCAACUGAAUAUUUAAGAUUUUGUUUGCAUUUUGUUGUUACCAACCCAGGCAGUAUCAAAUUUCUAUCUUUUUGGUUUGUUUGUUUUUAUUGUGCAUAACACAGUAAAAUACUAUGAACAAUGUCAGACUGUUUAAUGGUGCAUGUUUUUCAUUUGUCCCCCUUUUUUUGUAACCCUUCAUCCUUUCCAGAAUAUAAAUAUCACAUACUGGCAGAAGAGACCAUAAGCCAUUGUGAACCAUUAGACUUUAAGCUUAUAACCCAUAUUCAGAUAAUCUGCUUGAAUAUGUCUACCAAAGUUGGAUGCAGCAUAGAGGAUGUAGAUCAUUUUAAAGAAUCCAUCUAUACAUUUAAUUUUUUUUUAUUUUUAUGUUUUCUGGUAAACUCUUAAAAAAAAAAAAAAAAACUUUACUUUUGUACCUGAUUGUUUUUAUUGUUCUGUUUCUAAAACAGGAACCGAUUUUUAACAUCACAUUAACGUGUCGUUCCUGCCUCUGGUUAUUCUGUUUAAUAAGGCAGACUGUCCAUCCUAGCAUUACACAAGCAUUCACCUGAAGCACUGCAUGCUAAUGAUGUACUGUUUAGUUUAAGAGUAUUAUUAUUACCACUCAUUCCUCCGAAGCUAUAUUCUGCCAUGACUCCUUACCAAAAGCAUGAAGCACAUGCUCCUUAACUCUCCCUACUGAAUUUUUAGAUGGUGCUGGAGAUAAAGGGGGUACACAAGAGGUUUAAAAAAAAAAAUUCUUGUUCUUGCAUCAGGUUCUUGGGAUAAUGAGGAUGUGGAAAGGUUGAAUUUCGUGUCUCGUGCAAUCACCACUGCAUCUUUUCACGCCUGCAAAGAAAAGAUUUUUAUUUGUAAUUAAAUGUACACACACAAUGUUCAGUGGUACCACAUGAACUCUCAGGUUUCAGAUAUGAAUUCUUGGAACAUUUCUUGGCAGAAGAAACUUUGUGAACUCUGUUCCUUUUUCUAAAUGUGAUUGAUGUAAAUAAAUGUUUUAUGAAAACAUG